GAGACCUCACCUCCACGGCGCCGUCACUGCUCCUGCCCGCUCCUCUCCUCCCGAGCCCCAUCGUCUGCAGAAGUCAGCCCCAGCACUGCUCGUGGCGAGAUGAAAACCGACCUGGAGCUCGCCUUGGAGUGCGUCAUCAACAUCUACCACCAGUACGCCAUCAAGAACCCCAUAGAUGACUACCUGAGCAAGGACGAGUUCUCGCAGCUGCUGAAGGAGAACGCCAAGCCCUUCAUCUCCAACACGGUGCCGCCUAACACAUCCAUUGAUGAUUUCAUAAACACACUCUACACCAGAGCAGACGGGAACCAUGAUGGUCGCCUGAAGUUCACCGAGUUCCUGACCACACUGAAUCUUCUAGUCAUUGAUGCUCACAACAGGUCCCACAAGCAUCCACAUGCUGGUCACGGCCACGACCACGGCCACGACCACGGCCAUGACCACGGCCAUGACCACGGCCACGACCACGGCCACGACCACGGCCACGGUCCCCGCAAAUGA